CGCUGUCCUUUGCAGAACCAGAGAUACCAAAGAAUGAAGCAAGGUCUGCUGUUGCUGCUAGCGACGCUACUCGUGAGCGUGAGCGCGAAGGCGCUUGACGUGCCUAUGGCGACCGACAUGUGCGAGCUCUGUGCCCGCGACGGCAACUGCUCCACUGCGCACCGCGGCCAGCCCGGUCAGUACUGCGGCGCGUACAUCAAGCACGAGUUCCAAGAAGUGUGUUGCUGCGGCACCAACCAGGUGUGCGGACGCCCAGCGAUCGACCUCCAAUGCGAGUGCACAUCGAUCGUGGUCGAGAAGGCGCCCAGCAGCGACGUGUCACAAUUCACCAUACUCCUCGGGGUGAUUAUCGACUUGGUCAUUAUCGGCGGACUCUUCUGGGCCGUCUACUACUGCUGCUGCCACGCCCAGACGUAGUAGACAAGCAAGUAUAAAACACACACAUAGUACGGAAUCGCAAUGUCUACAAUUGCAAUUCAACCGCGAA